AUGAGUAAGUUUCUGUUUGGGGUAUCUGACUUGGUGAAGACAGAGUGCAAGAAUGCUAUGCUAUUAGAGGAUGUGAAUAUCUCUAAGCUUAUGACUCAUGCUCAGCAGGUUGAGGAAGAUAUGCUUAGGGAAAUGGCUAAGGACAACAAAAAGGAUCAGAAAGGUAGGGCAUCAGGCUCUAAAUUUCAGGGGAGUGCUUCGAGUAAAAGAACCUUCCAAACUUAUCCAAAGUGUGGUAAGAACCAUCCGGACGAGUGUCUUGCACGCACAGAAGGCUGCUUUGGGUAUGGUCAGUCUGGGCAUAGGUUGAAGGAUUGCCCUUCUGCCAGGCAGGGGCAAGGAAGUAACAACAAUAAAGCUCAGUCUAUAGCUCCAACAACACCAGCAGGUCGCCCAACUCAGUAG